AGCGUUUUAAUACUUGUUUGAACAGUUGUAGAUUUAGGUUAAAAUUUAUUUAAUGUUCCCUUUCUUCUGUCUACCUCUGCCAGAAUAUGCUACUUCAAUUUCCCUGGGCUGCCACAAGAGAAAAAUUGAAAUUCAAAGCACAGAUUCUGAGUACUUUCAGCAAGUUCAUAAAAUUACUCAUAUGAAUAUUCCCUUGACUCAAAGGCAACUGCUUGCAGUCCUUAAACCUGUCUGGGACUACCUGAAGUAUUGGGAGCCAAAGCAAAUGGCUGACGAAAGCAACAGCAGCGGGAGGAGGAGCUCUUCCAGCAGGGAGUGUUUGAAGAGGAGCCCGCGGAGCCCAAAAGCGGAGGGCUCCGAUUCGGUGACAUCUCAGUCCUCACCCAGUGAAGAGGCUGGAAUGAUGACUGAGGUGAAGGUGAAAACAGAGGUACCAGAUGACUACAUCGAAGAGGUGAUCUGGCAGGAUGACACCAAAGAUUCCAAGAAGAACAUAAAAGAUGGGCCGGGAGACGUGCCAGCGGAGAUCUGCGUGGUGAUCGGUGGGGUCCGCAACCAACAGACGCUCGAUGGAAAAGCAGUGGAACGUGGCUCUCCCGUUGGAUAUACACGAAAUCGAUAUUCAGGGACCUGGAUUUUUGACCAUGCAUUGAGAUACACGUCUGGGUCUUAUGAGUGUGGAAUAUGUGGGAAGAAAUACAAGUAUUACAACUGUUUCCAGACCCAUGUGCGAGCGCAUAGAGACACUGAAGCUGCCUCAGGUGAAGGAGCCUCACAAGGCAACAACUUUAGGUACACGUGUGACAUUUGCGGGAAAAAAUACAAAUAUUAUAGCUGCUUCCAAGAGCACAGAGACCUGCAUGCCGUGGAUGUUUUUAGUGUGGAAGGGGCCCCAGAAAACCGGGCAGACCCCUAUGACCAGGCCGUCAUAGCAGCAGAUGAAGUGAAGGAAGAGGAGCCGGAACCGUUCCAGAAGAUUGGUCCAAAAACUGGCAAUUAUACCUGUGAAUUCUGUGGCAAGCAGUACAAAUACUACACUCCAUACCAGGAACACGUGGCACUGCAUGCACCUAUUAAGUUCUCUCGAUCUCCACUCUUCGUGGCAGUGAAGACACAGGGGAGCCAAUCCAGCAAAAAAACACCGACUUCAAUAAACCGAUGUUCUACCCUCCUGCACCGCACCCCUUCCGGUGUCCCACCGACAUCCCAAUCCCAGAUGUUCCGCGCUCCAAAUUCUGGAUCCCCAGGAAGCAAGGCCAUCACAGCAGAAAGUGCUUUCAGCAGGAGAGUGGAAGGCAAAGCGCAAAACAACUUUGAAGAAACAAACAGCAACUCUCAGAACUCCAGCGCUGUUCAUUCGGGGACAGAAAAACCUAAAGAAAAGAGAUGUAAGCAGAACCCAUCAGAGCCUUACACCUGUGGAGCUUGUGGAAUCCAGUUCCAGUUUUAUAACAAUCUCCUGGAGCACAUGCAGUCCCAUGCAGCUGACAAUGAGAACAACAUUGCCUCUAGCCAGCCCAGAUCACCUCUACCUGUUGUUGAAGAGAAGUGGAAACCACAGCUCCAAAGAAAUAACGCUAACAACACAUCUGCGAGCGGUUCCGUAGGGAACAGCGCGAUCCCGGAGAAGGAGCGGCAGAACAUUGCCGAGAGGCUCCUGAGGGUGAUGUGCACUGACCUCGGGGCUCUGAGCGUGGUGAGCGGGAAGGAGUUCAUCAAGCUAGCACAGACCCUGGUGGAUAGCGGAGCUCGCUAUGGUGCCUUCUCUGUCACCGAAAUCCUUGGCAAUUUCAACACACUGGCUCUGAAGCAUUUGCCUCGGAUGUACAACCAAGUGAAGGUGAAAGUCACCUGUGCUCUAGGCAGCAACGCCUGCCUGGGCAUCGGGGUCACUUGUCACUCACAGAGCAUUGGCCCCGAUUCUUGCUACAUCCUAACAGCUUAUCAGGUGGAAGGCAACCACAUCAAGAGUUAUGUCCUGGGAAUUAAGGGUGUAGAUAUUCGAGAUAAUGGUGAUUUUAUCCACCACUGGGUACAGAACGUGCUCUCAGAGUUUGUGAUGUCAGAGAUCAGGACGGUGUACGUCACAGACUGCAAAGUCAAUUCCUCUGCGUUCUCCAAGGCAGGCAUGUGCUUGCGUUGUUCGGCCUGUGCCUUGAACUCAGUAGUGCAGAGCGUGCUGAAUAAGCGAACUCUACAGGCUCGCAAUAUGCACGAAGUGAUCGAGCUCCUGAAUGUCUGUGAAGAUCUGGCGGGAUCCACAGGCCUCUCAAAGGAGACCUUUGGCUCCCUGGAGGAGACUUCUCCCCCGCCCUGCUGGAACUCGGUCACCGAUUCACUCCUACUGGUCCACGAGCGCUACGAGCAGAUCUGCGAGUUCUACAGCAGGGCCAAGAAGAUGAACCUCAUCCAAAACCUGAACAAGCACCUGCUCAGCAACCUGGCGGCCAUUCUGGCGCCGGUGAAGCAGGCUGUGAUUGAGCUGAGCAAUGAGAGCCGGCCCACCUUGCAGCUGGUACUGCCCACCUACGUCAAACUGGAGAAACUGUUCACUUCCAAAGCUAACGAUGCUGGCGUGGUCAGCAAACUCUGCCACCUCUUCUUGGAGGCGCUGAAGGAGAACUUCAAGGUUCAUUCGGCACACAAGGUAGCCAUGAUCUUAGACCCCCAGCAGAAGCUGCGGCCUGUCCCGCCGUACCAGCACGAAGAGAUUAUUGGCAAGGUCUGUGAGUUGAUUAACGAGGUGAAGGAGUCCUGGGCGGAAGAAACAGAAUUUGAACCUUCGACCAAGAAGCCCCGGGCAGCAGGGGAAGCCGCAUCAGCUCAGGAAGAAGAUUGGUUCGGGAAAAAUGAAGUCUACGAUUAUUUGCAAGAACCUCUCUUCCAGGCCACUCCUGACCUCUUUCAGUACUGGUCGUGUGUUACCCAAAAGCAUACAAAACUAGCCAAGCUAGCCUUUUGGCUCUUAGCAGUGCCUGCUGUUGGUGCCAGAAGCGAAUGUGUAAAUAUGUGUGAGCAGGCGCUCUUGAUCAAAAGGAGACGGCUACUCAGUCCGGAAGACAUGAACAAACUCAUGUUUUUGAAGUCCAACAUGCUUUAAGACUGUCUUUUAAUUAAAACAAAACUUUAAAACACUGUUCCAAACAAAGAAAAAGAAUUUUAAGUUCUAAACACUGUGGACCUCAUUAUGAAUGCCCCUGGAAACCAAGUGCUUUUUUAUAUAUAUAUAAAAAUAUAAAUAUAUAUAAAAUUAAGUUUGAGAGGAAAGCUGAGCACGUGAGAGAGACAGCCCUCUGCCAGGAACGUGCUCCUUUCCAUAGAUAGUGUGUGGACUUGACAGACUUUCUAAUGUUUUCAAGUGGGCAGACCAAUGGGAGGCUGAUGUUCUAAAGUCUUCAGGCAGCUGAGAUCUAAAGUGACUUGAAGUUUCUUUUGUUUCUCCUCCACCCCACCUUUCCUCUUGUCCCCUGGGCCAUCUUGCCAUGGAUAAUCAGACUACAUUGAACAGAGCAGUUCUGCACUGGACUUUGCUCCUUUGAAUAACUGUACACCUUGAGGGCAUUUGUCUACAGCCUUCUUGACAUACGGUGCACGUUAUCAGGGCAGCUGUGUUUUAUGAACACCAGUAUCUUUAGAAAUCAGGAAGGGAGACUUAAAAUUUUUUAUUAUUAUUAUUAUUUCACUUCUUCAUAUAGGGUUUUUCCAAAAAAAAAAAAAAGAAAAAACCAAAAGUUGCUCUUUUGUCUCCCAGUUUCUAGUUAAACAUGUUAGCUAGCGCUUAUAAGUUUGAUUUAAAUCUAAGAGAAAUGAUUUAAGGCAGAAAAUGUCUGUAAGUGUUACGUUUCUUGGAUUUACUUUUUUUCACAGCACACCUUCUUUUCUGAAUUCCCAGUGUAAAUUAGCUUCUCUGUGAAUUCUGUGCAUCAGGGGUUCUCAAGCUUGUUGGUAGAGUAGCCCAUUUGUGAUGAAGUAACGUCCUUAUGGGAGCCAUAGCAGUUGCUGGUAUGGAAGAGCUAGAGACCAGGACAAGCGAGCGGUGCCCACGCAGUGUCUGUGGGCCAGCAGCAAGCUUGCCGGGGUCUGCCACCUGCCACUGAGAACCCUUGUACCUCAAAUUUUUGCAGACCUUCCCAGUCCUCACACUCAAAAUAGCCUUCGCAAGGCCAAGGACAAACCAAGGUGUAUGAUUCUUCAGGGGAACAAAGAUCAUCAGUUUUGUCAAAGUAGGGUUUGAAGGAAGCUUAGAGAAGCGCAUGGGCUCAAAGAUCCUUCUGAAUGUAAGUGCUCCUGACUGAGUGCAAAGAAUAUCUUUCCCUUUUGUUUGGAAUGGUUUCCUCUAGUAGCACGAAUGUCUUUUGAAUACCUACAGUGCAUUACACUACUUGUUAUGUUGUUUAAUCAUUCUGGCUAGGAAGGCUACAGGCCCUUAAACGUUCUCACUCACUGGCUCACCCCGAAUGCAAUUAGAGAUCAUCGUAACACAAAAACAUCUCCCUUGCUGUGUUCACUAAGGCCAGUGCUCUGCUGUGUCCGGUGCCAUGGGCGCAGCUCUGUGCUGCUGGAUGGGAUCUCUGCAGGCCCUCACAUUUGGUGCCUCUUGGACAAUUCCCAACUUCUGGUGCCAAAUCGUAAAUUUUUCAUCGCUGGGAUUUGCAUCCCCAGAGGCCAAUUGAAACAAAUUCUGAUUUUUGAAGCAGUCCCUCCAGCUUCCAGCAGCUCCAGAGCUGCUGUCGGAGGAGUGGGAGCACCGCUGGGGCUCUCAGUGGGAGUCUGGGGCCCUCGCACCGUGCAGGGCUGUCUCUGUGGCUGAGUGUGGUGGUAGGACCCAUAAAAGGUGGUGGGGGCCCUCUGAAGUGCAUGCUGGAGACCUUCCCUAGAUCAAGGAUGGUGUUUGUCUCCGAGUGUCUUGCCACAGAAUGACUCGCUCUUUUCAGCUUGCAUCAUGCAGUACUUACUGUAGCCUGAGUACAGACCUCGUGCUGGCAGCACCUCUCUGCGUUGUUAAUGGCCUCAGGGCAAAACCAGUUGUCUCCUAAAUUGAGUUUUGCGUAUGGGUAGCUUCAAGGAUAGAGUCCACAACCCCACUGGUAACUGCAGGGGUAGCAGUGCAUGAAGCUGAGCGGCCGAGGCAGAGGCACAGGGAGCUCCGAUCUCUGGCAGUGGCUUUUGCAGAUGGCGGUGCAGGUUGCAGGCCAGCUUUGCUCCUUGCUGGUUUUAUUUAUUUCCUCCCAUACAGCUCCUGCUCGCCCAGACCCCAGCUGGGCCCCAGCAGCACAUCGCAGGAGAAACCUGUAGCAAACAGAACCCAAGCCUCAGACUGAAAAAAAAAUAAAAAUCAGCAGGUGGAGGUGGGAGAUCUGCUAAUUAUAUUCGUGCUGCAGGGCCUGCUGAAAAACACGAGGGAUCCUGCAGAAGGAAAAUGAAGAACAUGUUGAAAGCGGGAUCGGCUGCUGAGCCUGCAGAGCUCAGCGGAGGGCAGGAUUUGCAGCUCUUUCUGUGGAUGGCAUGCUUCACAUUUACACUUGGUUUGCCUUAGGCUCCAAGAGCCACUCGCAGGCUCUGUGACACCCAGGGCAAUGCGUGUCACCUCUAUACUCCUUUGAGAGAGUUCCAAGCACUUCUUUCCUGGGGGCUCCCCUUCUCUUCUCGAGGGUUGGACUCGAUGAUCUCCAGAGGUCCCUUCCAACUCCUACAAUUCUGUGGUUCUGUGAUUCUCACACUCUGGCUGAGGCAGAGAUCUGAAGCUUUCUUGCUGCAGUGACCAAAUGCAGGGACUACCUGGGUCUCCUUCCCACUGCCUUCUCCAGGGCACCUUUGGUUGUCAUUGCACUAACACUAAGAUCUGGAUCUGAGCAAACGUGCAGCGAUGUCUGGCAGAUGAGAUUCUCCCAAAGACUUAAAAACUCAACUAGCAGCUGAAAAAGCGAAGCAAAACCUAAGGCCCCGAGACUGAGCAGUCUGGAGGGUCUUGGUAAGAAGAGAAGCUGGCCAGAAUCCUUUUCCAGUGUGUCAGCUACAGCUUUUCGUGAGGCUUAAGCAAUGUCACCGGGUGCUCUGCUCAGAGGGGCUGUUGGUGCUGUGCCUGCCCAUCGCUCGUGUCUGAUGUACCUCAUGGAAACGAGAGAAGCACAUCUGGAGCACCCACGUACCCUAAAGGCCAAGUGCUUCUCUUGCUUCUCCUUCCCUCCUUUAGGACUCAGAUUUUUGUUCUAGGGAGUGUAGAUAACUUUAUCAAGGUCUGAAUUUUGGAAACUCUUCAUUUACCAGGUUAUUAGGGUCAGCUCAUUGGGAGUUCUGUGUGGAGCAGUCCUUGUUCUGUAUGGAGUGCUGCCUGUCCUGCGGUGGGAGGCAGGAGGGGAGAGGCUCUCCUGGGCUUGGCCAGAAAACAUUAAGAAGUCAAUGCCAUGAAGUUCUGUUUCCUUUGAGCUGGGAAAUGUCCUCAGAGUUGACAUCAACCUAUGGUAGGUCAUGCUGGGAGUUUAUUUUCUGCUAGUUCUGUUUCCUUCACUUGCACUCGAGAAGGGCGUUUGGAGAAAAAAAAAUGUGUGCAUCCCCCAGGCAUUUGCUUGUUUCUGCUGCUUGCUCUGUGCCUGCAGACUUCACUUUCUGGCUUAGGGUUUGCUCUGGGAGUGGCUGUGAUCUGCAGGGGGAGCAGGCACCAACAGGAGAGGAACUGGGAGGAGCGGAGGGGUCCCGGUUCUGUCUGAAGUUCUCUGCAGAGCUGAGGAGCUCAGAAGGAUGGCAGUCAGGUGACGUUGGUCUCCAUGUCCGUCUCUCCUCGAGUCCCAGGCGGGAGGCAGCAGUUCUGGCUUGCAGGAUGGGCUGCCGUGGUAUGUUGCUCCCGGGUCCGUUCAGACGGAAGGAAAUGUUUUCUUGUGUCGAAGUUUUGUCUGUUGUGAGAAAACUGAUUUGGUUGGAUUUGAACUGGAGCAGUCUGCAAGAGGUGUUACGACAGCCAUCCGCGGGCUCAGGUUUUGCCCAGUGUGGAGGUCUGUUAGUUGCUGGUUGAGCCAGCCUGAGAUACAUCGUUUUAAGCACUGCUGUGACCCAGCAGCACUGUUCGGCUGUGCCUGGUGGUGCUCUCCCCUGCAGUCAGAAUGCACCCAUAGGCAGCUCCAGGAGCUCCGGCCUUGCAGCGAAGUUAGGGCAGACAUGCUCAUAAGAGUUGGAACUCACUGAAAACAGAGAGAAAACACUUCUGGAGACUGCUGAGCUCUGUGUUGUGGUUCCUGUGUUGUUACAAGGUGCAGUGAGACAUCUCUGGUCGAUUGGUGUUUCUCCUACCGCUUACGGUAACACAGGAUGCAUGUGUGAGGAGAAAUUCCUGUGUGUAUUGUGGAUGGAUCCACUCAGCCCCAUUCAGGGUGCUGCAUGGAAGCAGGAUCCGAGACACUGCCUACAAGGGAGUGAGAGCGGCCUGUCAGUAUCCAACGGGCUGUAAGAAGGAAGGGGACAGACUCUUCAGCAGGGGCUGCUGUGACAGCACAAGGGGAAAUAGUUUCAAACUGAAGGAGGAGAAAUUCAGAUUGGAUAUA